AUGUCGCUCGAGGACUCAUCUCCCCGUUCCGAAGCUGCCAAUGUUGCUACCCGGCCGCGGAGGAUCUGGACACCGGCCGAGGACGCGAUACUGAAAGCCCUUGUAUCUCAUUACGGUGACGCAAGGGGUCCGCAGAGCAGGUGGAAGGACAUCGCCGCAGGCCUGCAAGAUCGCACUGCCAAGGACUGUCGCAAACGUUGGUUCCACUCACUUGAUCCGUCAUUAAGGAAACGUAGAUGGACACCACAAGAGGACCAGGUCUUAUUGUCAGCAUACACCCGUCUUGGACCCGCCUGGCAUGACAUCGCUGUUUUAAUACCUGGAAGGAAAGACGACCAGUGUGUAAAGCGAUAUAACGACACUCUCAACCCCCAGGCAAAAGACCGUCUGAGUCACUGGAGUCCCUUGGAAGACGAUAUCCUGAGGGAAGGCGUCCAGACACUGGGACACCGGUGGUGGAGGGCGUUGUCCAGACACUCCAAGGGCUCGCCUUCAACUAGCACGCCGUCAUCAACAGCUUGCCAAAUGUCGGCAAGUGAGAAUGGUAUCUCGCCAGAGACCCAGGACUUGGUUACACCAUCAACUGGAAUCGACACAGAAAUGCCUAAUCAGCUCGAUCUUGGCAACCUCAGUACGGCCAUGAUGGACACGAAUACAAGUUUGGGAGAUGAUGCCAUAAACUUUGUCUCAGAUCCCGGACACUUUCCAGAGAUUUCCACGCAGUCUCACAUCACAGAGCAAAAUGAUGCCAGUACCCUAGGCAUCAUUGAGGACACCGAAGCAACGCAACGCCAAUCAUAUCAAGGCGUGUCGUCCGGCAGCUCUGAUUGCGCUUCGACACCACCGAGAUCAGGAUGGGACACUGCCCCGGAAGUGCCGCUUGCUGGCCGACAACUCGGUUCUCGAGGGCCAGCUACCAGACCAAGACCCACGCGGCCACCACAGUCCUCAAACUCGAGUAUGAACGCGAUUGACUACAACACCGUGGCUACAUCACACUCCUCAUCCCACAAUCACUUGUCAAUACCCUCACCAAACCAGUAUUUCGAGCUCUUCGCCGAUGAUUUCGGCCAAAGUCUCCCAGCAGACAUAUUCAGAUACCCCGCUGCACCACAGCAAGUUGUGCAUCAUCACCACCACUACCACCACCAUCACCAUCAUCACCACCACCACCAUCAUCAACAGGAGUCCAGUGCACUCAGACAGUUUGAACAACAAGCCGAAGCACAGUCUAUGAAAACACAGCCGAGGCCUGCUGCGCGUGGAAGAGGUUCUUUUGCUUGA